CGGUGCUUCUGCAUACAAAAUCUCGAAGCCACCAUAUCUUCCCAAACAAAAAAAAGAUGAUGCUCGAUGAACGACACCGUCCUAAUACCACGGUCCAUGUUCCUCCGUGGGCCCUAAUCGAAGAUGCAAAUCCUGAAGGUUAUCUCUCAUCGCAGUUGAGCCCUCACUCCGGCAAUGCUGCUACCGCCUCUGACUACAAUCCGUACUAUCUACAAGAAGCGCUGGCAGCGUUGCAGCGUUACCUGCCAUCUAACGAACCGGAUUUUGACUCUGAUUCCGAAGUAUCGGGUCUGGAGCCAGACUCGCCGGUAGACGCUUUUUCUUGCGAUCAUUUUCGCAUGUUCGAGUUUAAGGUGAGGCGGUGCGCACGUGGCAGGUCACAUGACUGGACUGAGUGCCCUUAUGCUCACCCUGGAGAGAAGGCGAGAAGAAGAGACCCGAGAAAGUAUCACUAUUCUGGUACUGCUUGUCCUGAUUUUCGAAAGGGAAAUUGUAAGAAAGGUGACGCGUGUGAGUUCGCUCAUGGUGUUUUUGAAUGUUGGCUUCAUCCUGGGCGUUAUCGAACUCAGCCGUGCAAGGAUGGCACUAACUGCAGGAGGAGAGUCUGCUUUUUCGCUCACACUCCGGAGCAACUUAGGGUUCUUCCUCAGCAGAGCCCCAGGAGUGUCAACUCGGUUGAGUCCUACGAUGGAUCGCCUUUCAGACAGGCUAUUGAGGCGUCGUGUGCUAAAAGUCUUCCCUUUUUGUCUAGCCCUGGCUCCAUUUCGCCUCCUGCCACUCCUCCGGCAGACUCGCCUCCGAUGUCUCCGAUGACACAGUGCUUAAGUCGGUCUGUUGGGUCCAAUUCCAUCAAUGAAAUGAUGGCUUCCUUAAGGAACUUGCAGCUCGGUAAGGUGAAGUCGUUGCCUGCUUCUUGGAAUGUGCAGGUUGGUGGAUCUGGAUACGGGUCUCCAAGAGGAUCCAAUAUCCGAUCCGGGUUCUGUAGCCUGCCAACCACUCCAACUUCUGCUCCGACCCGUUCCGGACUCUGUUACAGGGAUGUAUGGGAAAGAGUAUGUGAGGAAGAGCCUCCAAUGGAGAGAGUGGAAUCAGGAAGGGAUUUGCGUGUAAAGAUGUUUGAGAAACUAAGUAAGGAGAACUCUUUGGGUCGGGUGGACCCGGAUCCGGUCCAGUCUGCAAAUGCUCCGGAUGUUGGUUGGGUUUCGGAGCUAUUGAAGUAAAGGGAGCUAAGGAACUCCUGGAAUUGUUAAUUGUUUCGUUGGCAGAGCAUUUAUUUUGGUGGCUUUUUUGGUUCCAUCUCUUGCUGUGAAUAGUGUUUAAAGGAAACGAGAGAGGGAGGAUGGGAAUUUGGCUUCUGGACUCGAGAAAUUGGUGAUUCUAUGAAUGUAUAUAUUUGAAGGGGGAAAAAAAAGAAGGAUAAUCGCAGCGUUUAAAUUAUGCGUGAGAAGUCAAGAAUCUUUCUUUCUUUUUUUUUUUUUUUUCUGAAUAUUCUAUGAGUAGGUUGAGAAAUUGAGAAAGCAAUUGAAGUUGAAGACAGAAUUGGAAAUGGUUUUGUAUAGUUAAUGUUUGAUUUAUGUUUUAAUUAAUUAGUAUUAAAUUCCGAGUAUGGAACUUCCUGAUCUUAUUGUAAAAUCCUCUGUGCUAAUUCAUAUUAAUGCAUUGUAUAUUCAUAUUA